CGAAACGGGACGAACGUCUGCCGAAACCACGGAACUCACGAACGAAAAGCGUUCGAAUUUCAAUCGGAACUUUUUUGCGGACUUGCUAUUCGCUAAUUGUGAUUAUACAGUGCGUGCCUAAAGGAGUUUGCAACUUUUAAUGUUUUGAUUACUCUACUAAAAAAGCUAGGGAAUAUGGAGACCGUCAUUCAAUAUUUACUUCUGGCUCUUGCACUGACCUCAGUGCAAAUAUCCUUUACUGAAAGCCGUCUAAAUGAAAAACGUAGAGAUAAAACCGAAAGGAGAUAUCAUGCUGUGCAGACUAAAGAUAAUAUGUGCGAAAUAACAAACAGAGAAUCAAAAGUACACUGCUAUUGUGAAAACACGGCUAUAAAAACCGCUACACGAGCGGACUGCUGGGUUUUUAAUGGAGGUAUAGACGAAACCGAUCCAAUUUGGACGAGCUUUAGUUCGCAACCGAAUCUUGAAAGAUUAACAUUCAACGUAAGGUCAGACGGUGCACUUAAAUUCAUUCCCUUACAAGUAAUCCAUCGUUUAAAGAAAUUGCAGAAGCUAUUCAUUCAUUACGCGACAUUAAAUAAAAUCGAGAAGAAGACCUUCACGAACAUGUCUACAGUUAAAGAAAUAACAUUGAUGAAUGAUAAAAUAAUGGAAUUAGAUUUUUCCGCAUUCUCUAAUCUACCAGCACUCGUUAAUUUAACGAUAAAAGGAAACAAAGUAACUGAAAUACAGCGAGAUGUUUUUGUUGACUUACCAAAUCUCAGAUAUCUUGAUUUGUCGUCUAACACUAUCGGUCUUACUCAUGAUGGAUGUUUCGAACAUUUAAACGUUCUUAAUGAUUUGGUACUUGAGGCAAAUUUAAUUUCAGUGUUAACUAGAGAUACCUUUAAAGGUCUAGGUAAUUUAACGAGAUUGGAUUUGAGAUCGAAUAAAUUGUCAAUGAUUGGAGAUUUGACAUUUUCAGAAUUGUGGAAUUUAAACGAACUCCUUUUAGACAAUAACGAAUUGAAAUAUUUAUCUGAAAGGGCCUUUGAUGGAUUGGCUUUGCUCCAGAAAUUAUCUAUGACUGGAAAUCAAUUGCAAUCCAUUAACGAGGGACUAUUGGAAGGCGUUAGAGGACUGGAAUUAUUAGAUUUGAGAAAUAAUGAAAUUGAAUUAUUAACUUACGAGACUGUUAAACCAAUUCUUGAAAAUUUAAAGAUGAAAACGUCGGUUUUGUAUUUAAGUGGUAAUCAAUUAAACUGCGAUUGUCGUUUGUCAUGGAUACAGCUAUUACGUAAUGAAACAAAAAGUGAACCUCUGCGAAUAGCACUAGACGAAGUAACAUGUGUACCUAAUACUGCUCAAAAUAAGGGCCUCACUAAGGGCUUAAAUGGACAUAUAAUACAGGAUGAAAAAUCUGUUAAAAAGGAAAACUUAUUCGAACAAGAAUCUAACAGCGAUGUCUUCCAACAGGAUGGCAAUGAUGAAGAACUGUAUGGAGAAAGCAACCCGUCUUAUAAAUUUGAGGCAACUUUAAAACCAAUCCCUAAUCAAAUUGCAUUAGUCGAUAUACCUACAGAAUCUUUGCCUUGUCCGGGCCAGCUAACACAGAACGGGGAAGAUUCUUUGAUGCUUUCAUCGAAAGACGAAAGUUAUUGGCAACCAAAUUCUAGUUUGAAGAUAUUAUCAAGUUUGUCGUUAGUGCUAACAUUAGUAAUAGAUUCUAACGAAAAUGCUAUAAAUAUUAACUCCUUGACAAAAUGUAUGUCUCUGUCCAACGAUAGAGGUCUAUCGUCGAAAAUGAUGAUGAAAAAUUCUGAUUCCAUACGAACGGCAAGUUGUGAACGGCAGCCGUCGCCACCUGUCGACGGCAGCCGUCGCCACCUGUCGACGACAGUCGUCAACGCGUCGACGGCAGCAGUCAAUACUUCGACGGCUGCCGCCGACAGGUGGCGACGCUUGCAGUUGUAG